AUUCGUUCCUUCGUUCGUUCUCUCUUUCGCUCAUUCCACUCGUGUGUGUAUGUAUGUAACUCUCAACCUCACUCGUAUCUUUCCGGUCGCCCCCGCCACCGCCGCCGUGUUCGGGGCUCCUCUUCCUGACGCCUGACUCACAAACCUCACCAUCAACUCCAAACGCCAUCUUCAAAGUCAUACGUACUUCAUUCUUCAUAGGGUAACUUCUUAUCACUAUCCAUGAGGCUCUAUGAAGAAUUCAAAGAGAUAUUAAAGAUUCAGAAGCUUCGAAGAUGUGUAUCCUUUGCUGGAUUCUACGGCUUCACUACACUUAUCAUCUAUGCUUAUGUUAACAAUACAACUAGAGCAGGGUAUUCUAGAGCUGACCAAUACUAUGCAUCAUACCCGGCUGGUACCGAGCUUUUAACCGACACCUCAAAGUUAUACAAGGCUGCUCUUGGAAACUGCUUUGAAGCUGAAGAGUGGGGUCCAUUUGAGUUUUGCGUCAUGACAAAACACUUUGAGCGUCAAGGAAAGUCACCAUAUGCAUAUCAUGCUCAAUACAUGGCACACCUCCUUUCCCAUGGACAGCUUGAUGGAAGUGGUUAAAGUAUGAUAGAGUGAAAAGUUUCAAACAUAUGAAGACUUGUAAAGCCAAAUGAGAAUACUUGAAGUUUAAGUCGGGUUUUGAACUGCUUUAUAUUCUAUACUCUUGUGUUAUUUUAUCAAUAAUGGUAAAGUAUUUGAUUUCACUCAUGCUAUUUACCAUGCUAUUCAGUCAUACUAAUUUAUCUUUUUCUGAAUCGUGCCUAGGCGCAUUAGAUUGUUUGAAAAGUUUAGUGUAAGUAAUUGAGUCCAGUAUAGUGUCAUGAUAUUAUUCUUUCAGUGCAAA